AUGGCCUACGGUAUCAACGCCGAUGCACCUGCUAGUUCUACUGCCGCUACUAAUGCCAAAACUGCCUCAGCUGCUCGAGCUGCUGCUCCUGGUGGCAAACAACCCAACUUGAAGCCUAUGAAUUGCACUCAGGCCUUCUUACCCUUCUCGGAGGCCGAUGUUGCAGCCUUGUCGUCGAACGACACCAAGGCUGCCGCUAGCGGGAACUAUUCCACUAUCCCCACCGAGGCUGCUUGCAAAGGACCCGCUGGAAGUGUUGAUGGUUUAUGUGACAUCGGCUCAUGUGGAAACCAUCCGGUCUGCAACACAUGUGUCGAGUUGAUUAUCACUGGGCCCAAUACCACAAAAACUGGGACAACCACCACCCCUCAAGUUACCUGCACCAACAAUUACUUUUUUGGUAAUAGCACUGACCCUAUCAAGAAUGUUUGCACCGACGGCAAUGACAAAACUUACACCUGCACCGGUGGUUGUGUCAGUUACACCUCGUGCCAAAUGUGUGUCAGUGUCGAUGACCCCGCACUCCAAGGCCCCUAA